GCUAAACACAAAGACACUUCCUAAUCAGAAAUCCUUUCCUUUCAUCAGGACACAAUCUCCAGUGUAAAACUUUUUCGGUCUUUCUUUAAACAUCAGCACAGUCAUGGCUUCCAAGAGAAGUCUGCUAUCAGAAGAUCAGCUCCAGUGUCCCAUCUGUCUGGAUGUGUUCACUGAUCCAGUCUCUACUUCAUGUGGACACAACUUCUGUAUGAUCUGUCUCAAAGAGUUCUGGGACAGCAGUUCACACUGCCAGUGUCCAGUGUGUAAGGAGGAAUUCCAUAAACGUCCAGAACUACAUGUGAAUACGUUCAUUUCAUCACUUGUUGCUCAGUUCAAGGAGCAGCUUCUCUCCAAGACUAAGAAGAUUCUGUGUGACUCCUGCACUGAGGAAAAGCUGGAGGCUCUAAAAUCAUGUCUUCACUGUGGAGUUUCUUACUGUAACACUCAUCUGAUGCCUCAUAAAACUACAGCUAAACUCAUGAAGCACAAACUGAUAGACCCUGUGGAGAACCUGGAGGACUACAUCUGUCAGAAACAUGAGAGACCCCUGGAGCUGUUCUGUAGAGAUGACCAGACAUGUGUGUGUCAGUUCUGUACUGAGGGAAAGCACAAAAUGCACAAAACUGUUCCUAUAGGGAAGGAAGUUGAAUCAAUUAAGACUGAGUUGUGCUUGAUGCAAGCAAAAUCUGAGGAGAUGAUCCUGGACAGACUGAGGAAGAUUGAAGAACUCAAACACUCUGUAGAGCUCAAUAAAAAAAUCACAGUGAAGGCAGAUGUUGUGGAGAUCUUCAGUACUCUGAUAUGCUGCACUGAGAGAAGCCAGGUUGAGUUGCCUAAAGUGAUGGAGGAGAAGCACAAAGCAGCAGAGAGGCGGGCUGAAGAGUUCAUUAAAGAGCUGGAGCAGGAAAUCACUGAGCUAAAGAAGAGAAACACUGAGCUGGAGAAGCUCUCACACACUGAGGAUCACCUCCACCUCCUACAGAUUUACCCGGCUCUCCGCAUUCCCCCACACACCCAGAACUGGAUUGAUUUGAGCAUUAACUCUCCUCUGAGUGUGGUGACUCUGUUUAGAAUAAAGAUUCAGGAGAUGCUCAAUACGGAAGUAGACGCAAUUGAUGGGAUCAUCAUGGCUUCCUCCAGAAGUCUGCUAUCAGAAGAUCAGCUUCAGUGCUCCAUCUGUCUGGAUGUGUUCACUGAUCCAGUCACUACUUCAUGUGGACACAACGUCUGUAUGAUCUGUCUCAAAGAGUUCUGGGACAGCAGUUCACACUGCCAGUGUCCAGUGUGUAAGGAGGAAUUCCCUAAACAUCCUGAACUACGUGUGAAUACGUUUAUUUCGUCACUUGCUGCUCAGUUCAAGGAGCAGCUUCCCUCCAAGACUAAGAAGAUUCUGUGUGACUCCUGCACUGAGGAAAAGCUGGAGGCUCUAAAGUCCUGUCUGCACUGUGGAGUUUCUUACUGUAACACUCAUCUGAUGCCUCAUAAAACUACAGCUAAACUCAUGAAGCACAAAUUAAUAGACCCUGUGGAGAACCUGGAGGACUACAUCUGUCAGAAACAUGAGAGACCCCUGGAGCUGUUCUGUAGAGAUGACCAGAUGUGUGUGUGUCAGUUCUGUACUGAGGGAGAGCACAAAACUCAUAACACUGUUUCUGUAGAGGAGGAGAGUAAAGAUAAUAAGACCGAGUUGUGGAUGAUACACAAAUUCAUUCAGCAGAUGAUCCAGGAACGGCUGAAGAAGAUUGAAGAAAUCAGACAUGCUAUGGAACUUAAUAAAGACACCAAAGAGAAGGAGAAAGGAGAUCUGGUGGAGAUCUGCAGAACUCUGAUGCUCUACACUGAGAGAAGCCAGGCUGAGCUGGAGAAAAGGAAGAAAGCAGAAGAGAAGCAGGCUGAAGAAUUCAUUAAAGAGCUGGAGCAGGAAAUCACUGAGCUAAAGAGGAGAAACACUGAGCUGGAGAAGUUCUUACACACUGAGGAUCACCUCCACCUCCUAAAGAUUUACCCGUCACUGUGCAGCCCUCCACACACCCAGGACUGGACUCAUGUCACUAUUAAUCAUCUGAGUGUGGAGACACUGAGAAGAAAAAUUAUACAAGAAGUACUAAAUAAUGGAAUGGAGAAGUUUGUUCAAAAUGAACUACAAAUAAUCCGGCAACAUGCAGUGGAUGUAACUCUGGAUCCUGACACAGCUAAUCCUUCUCUCACACUGUCUAAUGAUGGCACAGAGGUGAUAUGUGAAAACAGAAUAAAGAAUCUCCCUGAUAAUCCAGAGAGGUUUGAUCGUUGUGUCUGUGUGCUCGGGAAGGAGGGAUUCUCCACAGGAAGAUUUUACUACGAGGUGCUGGUCAAAGGGAAGACCAAGUGGGAUUUAGGAGUGGUCAGACAGUCUGUUAAUAGGAAGGGAAUAAUUACAGCAUGCCCUGAAAAUGGAUUUUGGUGUGUGUCUGAUAACCAGGCUGAAUAUGUAGCUCUGGAUACUCCCCCCAUCCCUCUUUCCUUGAAACAGGCGCCUCAGAAGGUGGGGGUGUUUGUGGAUUAUGAGGAAGGUCUGAUCUCCUACUAUGAUGUUGAUGCAAAGUCUCAUAUGUACUCUUUCACUGGUCAGACUUUUACUGAGAAACUUUACCCAUUCUUCAGCCCCUGCCUGGAAAACUCAGCACCACUGAUCAUCUGUCCAUUGACUCAAGUCCAAGACUAGAUUUUUAAAAUAAACUUGCCAAAAUGCAUAAAACCAUGAUGAUCAUGAUUUUUGAUGAAUAGAGUUGGUAAAACUUGUCAUGGAUUGUAAUCAUCCUGCAUUUUGGCAAACCUUUUUAAAAUUUAUGAAAUAUACAAUAUCUCACAAAAGUGAGUACACCCCUCACAUUUUUGUAAAUAUUUUAUUAUAUCUUUUCAUGUGACAACACUGAAGAAAUGACCCUCUGCUAC